AUGGAUGGCUUGACCUGCGUACGGAGGAUCCGCGAAUACGAAGCCACAGGCCAAAUCAUCAGCCAUGUCCCCGUUAUCGCCAUUACCGCCAAUGCGCGAAGCGAACAGAUUAACAUUGCCAUGGAGGCAGGCAUGGAUACUGUGGUGACGAAACCUUUCAGGAUCCCGGACUUGGUGCCUAGGAUGCAGUCGCUGUUGUCUGAAUAUCCGGCCAGAUGA